ACCCCGCAACUGGCAAAGUCAUAGGCACGAUGCCUGAGAUGGACCGCUCUGACGCAGAAGCCGCCAUCGCCGCCGCCGCUGCAGCAUUUCCUUCCUUCCGCAAAACAACCGGCCGCGAGCGCGCUCGCAUGCUGCGAAAAUGGUACCAGCUGAUGAUCGACAAUGCCGACGAUCUGGCGAAGCUGAUAACGUGGGAGAACGGGAAGCCGCUGGCUGAUGCGAAGGGCGAAGUUACGUACGCGGCGAACUUCUUUGAGUGGUUCUCGGAGGAAGCGCCUAGGAUCUAUGGAGCGACGAUUCCGGCUACCGUGGCGGGAAAUAGAGUGUUUACGAUCAAGGAGCCUGUGGGUGUGUGUGGGCUUAUUACACCAUGGAACUUCCCUGCCGCCAUGGUGACCCGCAAAAUCGGCCCAGCACUGGCAGCAGGCUGCACCGUCGUUGCCAAAUCCCCCGGCGAGACCCCUUUCACAGCCGCCGCCCUCGCAGAACUGGCUCACCGAGCCGGCAUUCCCAAGGGCGUGGUCAACUUCAUCACCGCGCUCGAAAACACUCCGGAAAUCGGCAAAACCAUCACCGGCUCCAAAACCGUCAAGAAGGUCUCCUUCACAGGCUCUACGCCCGUUGGCAAACUGCUUAUGAAAGAUUCCGCCGAUACCCUGAAGAAGCUCUCCUUCGAACUAGGCGGCAACGCCCCCUUCAUCGUCUUCGACGACGCGGACCUCGACGCCGCCGUCGCGGGAGCCAUAGCCUCCAAAUUCCGCUCCUCGGGGCAGACGUGCGUCUGCGCGAACAGGAUAUAUGUCCAGUCGGGGAUCUACGACGCCUUCGCCACCGCCUUCACCGAGAAAGUCAAGGGCUUCAAGGUCGGCGGGGGCUAUGAUGAGGGCGUUACUCAUGGCCCUGUCAUCCAUGACCGCGCUGUCGACAAGGUCCAGCGACAUGUGGACGAUGCAGUCAAGCAGGGCGGGAAGGUCCUCAUCGGAGGGCAGAAGAUGCCGGAUUUGGGGUCGAACUUCUUCCAGCCAACCGUUAUCCGCGACAUGACUGCCGACAUGGCUCUGGCGCAUGAAGAAACUUUCGGCCCUGUAGCGGGCCUGUUCAGAUUUGACACAGAAGCCGAGGUCGUGAAGUUGGCGAACGCAGCGGACGUAGGUCUCGCGGGAUACUUCUUCAGCAGGAACGUGCAGCGGAUUUACCGGGUAGCGGAGGCUUUGGAGGUGGGUAUGGUGGGCGUGAAUACGGGGUUGAUAAGUGAUCCCGCGUCACCGUUCGGAGGGGUCAAGGAGAGCGGUUUCGGGAGGGAGGGGAGUUUCUUGGGGGUGGAGGAGUAUAUAGUUACGAAGACGGUGACGUUGGGAGGGAAUGGGGAGCCGCUUCAGGGGGCGGCGUGAGCGAGGAGAUGCUAGAGGGUGUAUAGAGGGAUGCGUGACUAGUGGCUUCGAUGUUGAUGAAUUCAUUUACUGUACUGAAUGUGUUUUGACUUGGAGGCCACAAGGGGCUGUCGCAUCUCGCUCAAGAUAGCCUGAUGUUAUUUUGCAUCAGAACCAAUCUUGGUCAAACGGUACUACCUCUCCUUGACCGUCAUCAGCAGGACUGGAUGCGCUUCCGUCUGUUCACCACAGUCUGAAUUGCUUGAACCAAAC